AUGGUGUUACAACUCCUUUGCAACUCCUGCGUUUUCUUCAACAACGAACUGCAGUGGCAUGGAGUGCACCAGGUAGCGGGAAGCGCACCUUUCCUGCAGAAGUACGUGGAAGGCUUGCAGCUGGAAGUCAGGUGUUCCUCAUGCGAUGCGGACCAGAUAAUUCUCAAAGCCUGGGAUCCAGACGCCCUCGGCAGAGUUGGCGAGGAGACCAAGACCGCCGAGGGUAACCUGAUUGUGCAGGUUUCCACACAGGUAUUGGUUCAAACCAGCCGACUUGCCCAAGCCGAGCCCCUUUUGCGCGUGCUGAGUGCCGGUGUCUUGGCGGAAGCAGGCGAGGCCACUGAGCUGGUGGACUACAUCUCCCUGCAGAGUGCAGAUCCCAACGAACCUUUGGGUUUGGCAGCUGUGCAAAGUGAUGUUGAAGUCCGUCUGUCCGCCCUUCACGGAAUCCUGGAGAUAGACGUGGCAAAUCUCGUUGGCGGCAGCGCCUUUCUCGCAGAUGCCAAGGGAGGGGCCGCCAGUGCAACUGCGGAAGACCAGGACGUGUGGGCUUCAGUCGGUGCUCGGAUGAAUAUAACAGCCUUUCGCAACCCAGCGCCGGACGACCAAUCCCGAUUGCCUUACGUGGAUCCAUCUCGACCGACGGACCCGUGGAAUCUCAACCUCUCGGAAACAGAAGGUCCAAUUCGUCCAGACCGCGUCCAAUGGAGCGGAAGGAGCCUCUUGCUGCGAGGUGCAGCACAGCAGAUGAAGCAGACGCUGAAGCAGCUGAAGUACACCCCGGAUGAAUUUGCUGCAGGAUGGGACACGGUGCUGGUCAGAAUGGGCAUGCAGACAGGCGAGAUACCCGUCUACUCGCUCCGACAAGUUGGCGACGUCGUGCUCAAAGCCACGCCGCUGAAAACACUGACCGUCGGCGAAGUGUUGAGGUUAAAUGUGACUGCAGAGCUGAACCACCUGGUUCAAGAUGAUGAUGUCUUCAGUGCGUUGGUGACUUGCGGGCACGGUGGCUUUGCUUUGUGGUCGUUUGCUGGGCGGAUGGAGGUGCUGGGAUCAUCGCUGGAAUUCUCUGGCAACACAUCCGAAUUACAGGACUUCCUGGCAAAUGUUACUUAUGUGCAUGCGGAUGGCUUUACUGGAAUGGACCGCCUGCAGAUCUUCGUGCAGGGUCGUCCAAUCCAGGCGGCGAACAGAGAAGCUCCAGCUGCGGAAACGAGCAUUGCCGUCGUGGUGCAGCUCACGGAGACGAUACUCCCUCCAGCCUCGGUAGAGAUGCCAGAGAGGCUGAAUGUCUUCGAAGAUUCAGUCACGCCGCCGCGCAUCAAGGUGCAUGAUCUACGACCUGUUGCGCCAUCCGGAGUUGCCCUGGCGUCUGCAACGACUGCCACUGAUUUGGAUCGGACCUGCCUGAGAGCGGCCGAGCCAGACACAUGGAUCACACAAACCUUGUCUUCUGUCCCUUGUGACCUUUUCCUCGUUGUGGGGUCCAACGGCACCAGCGUGGACCAGCUGGAGUGUGCCGGCUGCACCCUGCGUGCGGCACAUUUGCCGGACGAGUGCCUGACUUGGGUCACCGGACCGGUGGCUGAAGUGGCUGGACUUUCAGGUGGGUGGGCUCUCGCCGCAUGCCAGAACAACACGGUGCCGGAGUUUGCAAGUCAAUCCUUCGAGUUUAGCCACUUGGCAAUCUGUUGUCAGCACGGACAUUGUUGA